AUUUUAUCAUUCUAUUGAUCGAUAAUAGGUGAUAAAAAUAGCUCUUUUCUUCCUACAUGUAUCUAUAUUUAUACAAGAUAGGUAUAUAGAGUAUAAAUGUAUUUAGUGCAUUUACUGUUUGUAUAUACUAUAUUGCUAUAUAUAUGAGCUGUUUAAUAGCUGUUUACAUCUAAAAUGAACUGGUUUCUUUUCUAUAUUAAAAUCGGAGCGUUUUUGUUUACUCCAAUAAAACAUCGGAAGAUUCUUUAGAAUGGAAAGUAAAGUAGACUAGUAGAACUUUUGCCUUUAGCCAAAAUAGCAUCAUUAACUGUCGCACUGAAUCCUCUGUCAGAUGAACUUUAUCGCGUUACGUUGUUCUUCCUUUUUUUAAUAGAAAAUUAUUCGGUUAUUAGGCCUAAGAGAAGGAAAGUGAGAAGUAUGGAAAUUUCUUUCUACGAUAGUAGACAUACAUAUACACACAUAAACAGAAAGUAGUAAAGUGUUAAAGAGUGAGCGAGAGGGUGAGAGAGAAAAUAGCGCUAGUUUCGAUACGGUUCUUAGGCUUAAUAACAAUAGCAUAGAUACAACAAUAAAGUAGUAAGGGAGUGAAAAGAGGGUUAAAACGCGACAAUAGUUUACUGGCCAACAAUAGACGGAUGAAUUGCUUUCUAAUUCUAUUGUUGCCUUCCAAGUUGAGGAGGAGGACGAUUCGAAAAAUAUGGCGCUUUUUUUUGCAAUGUUUUUGUUAUUUGGUUUAUUACAGGUUAAUUGGUCGAAAUUAACGGUUACGGCUCGAGUAGAAUCACUGGACGUUUUCCUUUUCGAUUCGGUCGAUGUACGAACGUUCUUCGACGAAACGAGGCCAAUUACGUUAAAACCUUCCACUCGACGUGAGAAUGAAAGCGUUGCCAUCGAUUUUUCUACUUUUACUAAAGGCGUCGUGAGUUCGCAUAGGCCUAGAACAGAAAGUGGAUUUUCAACGACCGAUGAAUUAUCCUUUAAUAGUGUUACCUUUCCGCUAAAUGAUAAUAGCCGACCAAGCAGUAAGUUUCCCGACGGAGAAAUGGACGUCUCUAACAGCGUUAGCAGUGAGCGAUGGUCAGUGUCUAGAGAAAUUGACGUUCAGGGUCGCUCAACUACUAAUGAAUUGAUUAGUGAAGCGAGCAGUUUUGUAACAAGUGGACAAACUACUUCUAUGCCCGCAUUAAACAGUAUUACAGAAUUGAAGACAGCUGAAACGCCCAUUGCGACUAAUAGGAUGUUAAUAAGUAAUAAAGAUAAAGUGACUUUCGUUUCUUCCAGUCACUCUGGAAACGAACACACAACUGGAAAUUUUGUAGAUGUCACUCAUCACCAAACUCGAAUAAAAACAUCGGACACGCCAACUGCAUUAAAUACAAAAACUAUAGAUGAUAAAUCAAUUGAGGAUGGACUAAAAGAUACAAGUACAUCUGCCUUGAGUACACGAACUCAUUUGACGGAGAAAGGAGACGACGACAUGGAAGAAAGCACGAUGGACAAUGUUUACGCAACAACUGACCUCAGUAGAAUUAAAAUGUCUUCUACUUUGAAAAAUUCGAUUACGACUACACGAAACGGAAGAGAGCCUAAUAGCGAUGGGAAUACAAAUUCUUCUCCGAUCUCUUCUCACAGCUCUCUGAGCAUUAGUAGUAAGAAAGAUUUAGAUAAUUCUUAUUCAACAAUAUAUAGGAUAAGUCGGAAAGAUUCUACUACUAUUUCAGAAUUGUUUCACAGCAGGAGUGGAGGCCUUUCAACUAUAUUUAGUGCGAUCAUGGGAAAAAAGGGGCGUUCCAUUAAUACAAUUGAGAAUUACAAUCGAGAAGAAACCAGUACAGCGUUCAAAGAUGAAAAAGAACGGGUAUAUUCGUCGAAUUUCGACGUUACCACAGAAACGCCUUUUAUAGCUACAACUAAUACAGACAAAAAGAGGAUAAGUUCACUUGCAACGCUUGAAAAUAAUGGAAUACCGUUUGUAAGUGACAAGAGCGUCUCCAGCAGUGUAACGCCUAACGAAGUGAACGUAAAACGUUCGUAUACUGUAACAGACUCGGAGAAAAUUAAUGAAGAGAAAAACAAGCGUUACUCGACAGAAAAAGGAGAUAUAACGACGUCUAUUACGUCAGAUAAUGUGAAUAUAAAGCGGUCUAGCGAGAUGAUAACAGUAAAUGAUGUAGAAAAAGACAUAAAUUCGACCUAUAUUAACUCUAUAUUUAACAGGGAUAAAGAAGCAUAUAGUACAACGAUUUUUUCUCGUUUAAUAACGAAAAUCAUUCGUAAUCGGCCGUUAACAACCAAAGGUCUAACUACUUAUCUCUUCGACAAACAAAAACAAACUAGCUAUCCAAAAACAGGACAAAAACUAAAAACAAGCAAACAUGUAUCAAAGCCUAUAACCGGGAAUUCUCCAUUCAAAUUAAGUACUCAUUUAUUAGAGGUAGCAAGUAAGGUGUUUACUCAAAAGCCGUCAAGACUUUACAAUAGGCAAGAGACGCCAAUAACGACACAAAUCCCUGUGUAAGAAACAUGCAAGGGUCACCUUUACGACGGUUAUAAACAUUACAAGGUUUCCUUAAGUGGACUUUGUUUUCCUUCGCUUGUAUAUCAAUAUAUAUACUUGUAAAUUCUGUAUUAUUUUGUAUUAUUACAUAUAUUCACCAAUAUGUCUAUCGUUUAAGUACAUAUACUGUAUUUGUGUAAUGUAUAUCUUGUUAUAUGUCUCAAUUAAUUGUAAAGAAUACGAUGAACUAAAUAAACGCUUUGUUCAUAUAAAUAGUCAACAGGAAAGUUGAUUGUACAUAUUAAGAUUGAAGAAAUUAGUACACGAUGCAUUUUAACGCUCGCGUUGAAUAAAAGUACUAUAUGCGAGAUAUAGAAUACUAAUAUACUCCUAUAUAAUCAAUCAUCAACGAUGCAAUGGUACAAAAUUGAUAUUGCCUUCCAUUAGCUAUAUAGAGCAAUUUUACCUUGUUACUUAUGUACGGUUAUUUGAAAUAUGUUUAUAUUAUUUACGUAAUAGUACUAAAGUACAUAGAUACAGUUAUACUGUAUUUAUAUACUAUAUAUCCU